AUGAUACUGCUGCCCUCUCUGCGAACAGCAUGUCCGAGGUGUCACAGACUCACGACGAGGUUGAGUAGCUCUACAGUGUACUUGAGAGACAUUCGGGAGUAUUCCACCGGCGAAUCCUCCAAUGGCGAAAUUGCGAGCGAGCAUUACGAGCAAGAUUUCACGGAUAUAGCAGGAGAACUGAAACGAAGGAAGCGCAAGGCCGAUUCGAAACGACGGCAAUAUGGAAACACAUUUGUCGAUCAUAUAUUAGUGACUGUCCGAGGAGGUAAAGGUGGAUCAGGCGCAGCGGCAUUGACGGCUUCUGUACGAGGACCAUCUGCACCUUCAGGAGGUAAUGGAGGUUCAGGCGGAUCAGUCUAUCUCACCACUUCGCCAUCUCUUUCAUCGCUCACCACGCUCAAGAAGAGGGUCAUAGGUGGUCAAGGAGCAAGUGGAUCAGGUUCAUUCAAGCAUGGCAAAAGGGGUGAAGACGUGUUGAUAACGGUUCCAGUUGGUACGGUAGUACGUGAAUUGAAAAGAGAAGGUGAAGAAGAAAGGACCCUGAGAGAAGAAGAUGAAUUAGGGUUAAACAAAGAAGAGAGAAGAAAAAGAAAAUGGCAAAGAUGGUUAAUAACACAUCCCUCUGCGGGUGGAGAAGUUUCCAUUGAAGAAUAUCAAGAUGCAGAGAAUUUAUUGAAAAAAGAAGGUAAAUGGAUAAAUAAAACCCCUACAUUCGAACAACUAUCUCCCAUAGAAUUAGAUUUAGAUAAACCUUUGAAUCCAAAAGAACCAAUCUUAUUAAGUUUAGGUGGUCAAGGUGGAUUAGGUAAUCCCUUUUUCAAUUCACCUAGAUUGGCAUCCAAAGGUUUUUUACCUCCCACGCAAACAUUCGAAUUUGAAUUAAAAUUAUUAUCAGAUGUUGGUUUAGUUGGUUUUCCAAAUUCUGGUAAAUCAACUUUAUUAAGAUCUUUGACAGGACGUAAAGCAGAAAUUGCAGGAUACGAAUUUACUACUCUGAAUCCCCAAAUCGGUGUGGUCAGAGUCUUCGAAGAUGGAAAUUGGUCUGGUUCAUUAGGAUUGAACGAGAAAAUAGAAGAAAGUUGGAUAACUAGAGAAGAAGAAGAAUUAGCUAGAUUGUUAGGUGAUGAAUUACCCCAACCCGUUUCACCUCUUCAUCAAGCGAAUGGUGCGAAAGGUAAAGUUGAAAGAAUAAGAUUCACUUUAUCAGAUAAUCCUGGUUUGUUACCACUGGCUUCUCAGAAUGUUGGAUUAGGUCACUCAUUCUUACGGUCAAUUGAAAGAUCGCCUGUGUUGAUAUAUGUCUUGGACCUGACUAAACCCUCUCCAGCAGAAGAUCUCGAGGUCCUGAAAGGCGAAUUGGAAGCUUAUAAAUCCGGCUUGAGUGGAAGAGCAAAUAUAGUCGUGCUGAAUAAAGGUGAUGGAGUCAAUGAAGAACAAGGGAAAUUCAAAGUAGAACAAAUAAGGCAACGUCUAGGAGAUAAUGGAGAUGUAGUUGUUGUAAGCGGAAAAUACGGAUUGGGCGUAGAUAGAUUAGUGGAUCUCUUAGUGGGAAGAGUAGAAAGAGCCAGAGAAGAGAGGAAGUUAGAGAUAGAGGAAAAGGAGAAGAUGAAGGCGAGAGGGAAAAGAGGCGGAUUUGGGUUGAGGUUAUAA